UUAUAUCACCUCAGAGUAAACAUUAGGGCAGUGGGUUAUAUCACCUCAGAGUAAACAGUAGGACAGUGUGGGUUGCUAGGUGCUGUUUCCUGUAUCCUACAACUCUAUGUCCUACUCCAGGGUUCCCCAACUGGCGGCCGGCCCGCGGGUGGUUCUAUUUGGCCCCCCAAAUACUUUUUUUGUUUCAUUGUUGGACAUAAAAGACUGUAGAAACAGCAGGAAAUCAGCUCCAAGUGAUUUUAAUUUCAGAUAUCUGUUCCGAAGUAUUCCCACACAUAAUAGAGAGACACGUGAUUGUAUAUAAAUGUAAGCAAGGUUUGAAAUUAUUAUGUUUUAUGCAAACAUUUUACUGUAUCUGUUUGGGCUUCUUGCGGUCAAUUUGCAGUCUACAAAUUAUUUGUAAUUGUGUUCCGGCCCCCCGACCAUCCACUCAAGAACAAAUUGGCCCGCGGCUGAAUCUAGUUGAUGAUCCCUGUCCUACUCAUUGUUGGUAAUCCAGGAAGGAAACAACUUGUUAGGGUUAAAGCCUCUGGUAGGAUGUGGCAGCCUACCAUCUACUGUGCUCUUCUACUAAUGGAUGUUUAUCUUCAAUAUGGAGAAUUAAAAGAGAAGGAUUUAGGAUUGGAGAUGGAUGGAUGAGUCCAAAAUGGCACCCUAUUCCCUACAUAGUGAACUACUUUUGGAUGGAGCAGAAAAUCAGGGAUUCAGAGGGGGUGGGUGGGAGAGGAUUCAUGUGGUGGUGGUUCGUUAAGCAUAGGGUACCUCAGUCACCAGACGUGACCUUGCAUGGUGGUGUUGUCUUUCAUAACAAUGAGGGGGUGGAUGUUCCAGGUAGCUUCUGCAACCAGGAAGGUUUUUGCCCUUUGUUGAAGGCAGCAAUGCCCUUCAAAUUCAGUUCAGUAGACAGUGUUUCCCGUGUAGAGAAGUGUCUUCCAUUGGGCUAGCCUAUAGUUAUUAUGUGGUCUCUAACAAUGUACUGUACAUGCAGAUGUUAAGUGUCAUAGGAUAGGAGGACCUGUAGCAAAAACUACAAAAUAACUACAAAAUAAUUAGCAUCAGUGUGAAGUCCAUUGUUUGGCAUCCAAUGUUAACAUUUUGACUACUUCCUUGUUGUCGAGCAUGAGUUCCCCCCCCCAAAAAUGAUUCCCUCUCUCAACUUGGCGUUCCUUCUCUCCAGAGUGUCCGUACCACAAGCCCCUGGGUUUCGAGGCUGGAUCAGUCAGACCAGAACAGAUCAGCUGCUCCAACGAGGACCAGUACACUGGCUGGUUCUCCUCUUGGCUCCCCAGUAAUGCCAGACUCAACAACCAGGGCUUCGGGUGAGUCCCCCUUGUCCCAUCCUCUCCCUCAGGACCAACCUCUGGUAGGUACUCUAUCUCCCCUCCCUGUAAAGGAGGACGUUGGCUCAAUCAGUAACCUCAGUGUUCCAUUGGGAAAAUACCUCUUCUGACCUCAUUGGGAGGACCUGGUCAAAUAAAGGUUUAACCUCAGGGCUCCCUUGGGAAAGAGCUCUUUCGACCUCAUUGGUAAAAUAACGGUCCCCCUCCAGGUCAUUGUUUUUGCCUAGGUUUUAGCUCAGUGGGCUAACACAGUUUCCCUGACGGUUCCCCUCCAGGUGUGCGUGGCUGUCUAAGUUCCAGGACAACAGUCAGUGGCUGCAGAUUGACCUGAAGGAGGUGACGGUGGUGUCUGGUAUCCUGACCCAGGGGCGCUGUGACGCUGACGAGUGGAUCACCAAGUACAGUGUCCAGUACCGCACAGACCAGAACCUCAACUGGAUCUACUACAAGGACCAGACCGGGAACAACAGGGUGGGCCCAUCAUACCUUUACCUUUACAUUUAGUCAUUGAGAAGAUGCUCUUAUUCAGAGCUACACAGUCAACACAUACUGUAACAAAACGUUUUCACAUUUUACAAUCAUAAGUUACUUCAUAUAAAUACAAAUCAGCUUUCACAUCAAUACAUGGUUCAUUAUGACAUCGCAAGGUUUACAGAUUUAAUCAUGUCCAUGGAAGGUUUUGUAGGCCUACUUGUUUUGUUGGAGUCCAGCUUUCUUCUUCUUUUUAGUUCUGUUUUGAUUUGUUUAAAAAAUAGUGUUGGAGUUCCAAAUCUUAUUGUUCACAUUGCACAUUAUUGUCCACCAUAAUUCUUUACUAUUGUCAUCCAUGUGAGUAUGGAAGACACUGUGAGAGACCGUCUUGGGAUUUAUACAUACACUACCGGUCAAAAGUUUUAGAACACCACCUACUCAUUCAAGGGGUUUUUCUUUAUUUGUACUAUUUUCUACAUUGUAGAAUAAUAGUGAAGACAUCAAAACUAUGAAAUAACACAUAUGGAAUCAUAUAGUAACCAAAAAAGUGUUAAACAAAUCAAAAUAUAUUUUAUAUUUGAGAUUCUUCCUUGAUGACAGCUUUGCACACUCUUGGCAUUCUCUCACCCAGCUUCACCUGGAAUGCUUUUCCAACAGUCUUGAAGGAGUUCCCACAUAUGCUGAGCACUUGUUGGCUGCUUUUCCUUCUCUCUGCCGUCCGACUCAUCCCAAACCAUCUCAAUUUGGUUGAGGUCGGGGGAUUGUGGAGGCCAGGUCAUCUGAUGCAGCACUCCAUCACUCUCCUUCUUGGUACAAUAGCCCUUACACAGCCUGGAGGUGUGUUGGGUCAUUGUCCUGUUGAAAAACAAAUGAUAGUCCCACUAAGCCAAAACAGAUGGAAUGGCGUAUCGCUGCAGAAUGCUGUCGUAGCCAUGCUGGUUAAGUGUGCCUUCAAUUCUAAAUAAACCACAGACAGUGUCACCAGCAAAGCACCCCCACACCAUAACACCUCCUCCUCCAUGCUUUACGGUGGGAAAUACACAUGCAGAGAUCAUCCAUUCACCCACACUGCGUCUCACAAAGACAUGGCGGUUGGAACCAAAAAUCUCCAAUUUGGACUCCAGACCAAAUAACACAUUUCCACCGGUCUUAUGUCCAUUGCUCGUGUUUCUUGGCCCAAGCAAGUCUCUUCUUAUUAUUGGUGUCCUUUAGUAGUGGUUCACACAGUCUCCUCUGAACAGUUGAUGUUGAGAUGUGUCUGUUACUUGAACUCUGUGAAGCAUUUAUUUGGGCUGCAAUUUCUGAGGCUGCUAAUUCUAAUGAUCUUAUCCUCUGCAGCAGAGGUAACUCUGGGUCUUCCAUUCCUUUGGCGGUCCUCAUGAGAGCCAGUUGCAUCAUAGCGCUUUAUGGUUUUUGCGACUGCACUUGAAGAAAUAUUCAAAGUUCUUGAAAUGUUCCUUAUUGACUGACCUUAAUGUCUUAAAGUAAUGAUGGACUGUCGUUUCUCUUUGCUUAUUUGAGCUGUUCUUGCCAUAAUAUGGACUUGGUCUUUUACCAAAUAGGGCUAUAUUCUGUAUACCACCCCUACCUUGUCACAACACAACUGAUUGGCUCAAACGCAUUAAGAAGGAAAUAAAUUCCACAAAUUAACUUUUAAGAAGGCACACCUGUUAAUUGAAAUGCAUUCCAGGUGACUACCUCAUGAAGCUGGUUGAAAGAAUGCCAAGAGUGUGCAAAGCUGUCAUCAAGGCAAAGGGUGGCUAUUUGAAGAAUCUCAAAUAUAAAAAUAUUUGGAUUUGUUUAACACUUUUUUGGUUACUACAUGAUUCCAUGUGAUAUUUCAUAGUUUUGAUGUCUUCACUAUUAUUCUACAAUGUAAAAAAUAGUACAAAUAAAGAAAAAACGUUGAAUGAGUAGGUGUUCUAAAUCUUUUGACCGGUAGUGUACAUCAAAAUCAAUCCUUCUUAUCAGAUCCCAUAUUUAUUUAGUUCUGUAGCAGUUCAAUAAAAGUCCUACUAGGUGAGGCAGGAUAUCUGGUAGGAGGAUUCUCCAUCUGUGUUUUCUGCGUGGUGAUCUGUGUUGUCCCUCCUCCUCACACUGCUCCGUUUCUCUCCUCAGGUGUUUUAUGGGAACUCGGACCGCUCCUCCUCGGUUCAGAACCUCCUGCGUCCUCCCAUGGUGACUCGCUACAUCCGUCUACUCCCUCUGGGCUGGCACACACGUAUCGCCAUCCGCAUGGAGCUGCUGCUCUGCAUGAGCAAGUGUACCUGAUCCUCCUGUCUGUCUGUCACGCUCAGCAGGGUACAACAUUGUGGAACGUUCAGACAGAAAUGUAAUGAAUAGAACAGACAUGAUUCUACAUGACAGACAAAUCAUAUCGGUCCUACACCAUAUAUUUCUAUGUGAAGGUCCUGUAAUGAUACAUCAUCCUGAACAGGCCCAAGGAGAGCCCUGAUUGUUCCCCUGCCUGUUCCCUAUGCCAAAGUGGAAUCUACUGCCCUCCUUUCCCUCCCCAAAACACUUAAGUAAUACCUCUGUCCCAGUGAUUGGUUUUAUGUGUGAAAAUGUCCAUUCUGUUUUCAGAUCAGGUGCAAAGUGUUACAAGUUGUUUUGUUUUGUUUUUACACUGAAAAAGGAGCCAGUUGUUUCCACUUGGGCGAGGAAGGUGGGGAUAAAUACAUGCAUGUGAACCAACCAACCAACCCAGAGAAGUUGGUGAUGAUUAUGUGAUGAGGAAAGCUCAGAGAAAGUGAAGAAUUCCAGUCCUGUGGUUAACUGGAUUUAGUGUACUGUACUGUGUGUGGAUUCUGAUGUAGUUUGUGACAGUGAUGUAGAGAGUGCAGUGGAGGUAUCGUUUGUUGCUUGUUUUAUUGUAUUCAUUUAAAGUUGACCAAAACCAGUUCCUGAAAUAAAGAUAAACUCUUGUACUCUUUUGUUUUGGAGUCAUUGAAUAAUAUUCAUGUGUAAUCCUCUUAUGAUAUCCAGUUUAAAAGACAUCUAAAGGAAUCUCCACUUGCGAUGUGUGAAAACCUUUUCAUGAUCCAAAAAAACAAUGAAUGCCAGUUAACAGGAUAUAUGCACGUCGUUUUAAUUCUUAUUUACAGUCAGAGACCAAAUAAAUAAAUAGAUAAAUAAUGCGGUUUGUUUAUGUGUGAUGUCAUGCAAAUAAAAUCGUGUGGGUCAAUUUUAAACAAACAACAACCGGAAGUGAUUUAUAAUUUAGGAUCUGGAUAAUCUCGAACUCAGGAUAAUCUCGAGUUGAUUUAGUUUUUCCGGCAUUUAAUCCUGUAACAGCGUGAAUGAUUGUUCACUUCAAACCGCCACGAAACGCCAGUUAUAAAUUAUAUAACAAUGAGUUUACAUAAAAUGCAGAUGUAGGCUAUUUGAGUUAGACAUUAGUGGGAUAGCCUGGUGGUCCCCAAUCGAGCUAAAGAGCACAAACAGAUCUGGGACC